UUUUGACGACCUCGGUAUCUACCUGGGUGGAGCUUAACGGAUCUUAAAAUAUCCCAGCGACUUAUCUGUAGUCAUUUGAAGCUUAGCAAUUGUCCGCCCUCCAGUGAAUUGCCCAAUUAUCAGCGCGAUGCAUCCGUCAAUACUUGAGAAACUAAAAAAAUUAAUGCAAAACGAGGAAAGCUUUAUGAUCAGGAGCUCUUUUCUGGUUCUAAUCCUUUAUGGAUUGGAGCAGCUUUUGAAAACUAAACUCCCAUGUCCAUGUACUAUCAAUCGUGACAACGAAAUCUUUGCCUACUGUUUUUUCUGCUUGCCUUCGGCGAUGUUGCUCAUGGUCAGCGUAAUGCUGCAAUUUAGUCAACUUCGAUGGAGCUGUUACAAAAAGAAGUGUGCAUGUUUGAAAUAUUUUAUAACGUACGCCUUCCUGAUCUUUAAGGCAUUGCUCCCAUCAGUAAUAUGGAUCACCGUGUUGUUUUUAGAUGGUAGUUACUACUCCUGUUUCAUGAUCAUGAAAAAUGUAACAGUGACCAAAGAGGCUUGUCUCAAUUUCAGGUGCAGCAAAGGACAACAACAUCAUUGUGAUCUUUCGCGGUUCAUUGGCGGCUUGUUAAUUUGUGGAUUCCUGGUCAUUCUGCUUUCCCUGUACUGUUGUAGUCGCUGUCCUUGGUGUGGAAUGAGGUAUCAUCAUUACAAGUAUGAAUAUGAUAAGAGGUGUGAAGGUAAGAGGCAAAAGCUGAUAAUGGAGGCAUUGGAAAGCAGAGCAGAUGAUGAAGCAAGAACUCUCUUUGCAAACAUGAGCAACGGAUUACGUACUUACCUUAAUUCUGUUUCUGAGAUUCAACGAUAUCAGAAUGGAGAUGACACAACAAGUGGGCAGGUACCCCCUGACACAGGUGAUGCUCCCUCAGUACAGGCACAGAUCCACCAUCUACAUAUAGUUGACAGCCCCCUGAUCAAGGUACAAUCACAGAUUGUGCCCAAGGGGAAUGUAUCCAUUGCGCUAUUUAUUGACAUUGUUGUAAUUCUGUCCAUGUAAUUCAUUUACUAAAUCACAU